AUGCCGGCGAGCGGCCACGCCCCGAAAUCGUUCGCGCAGCCCAAGGCCAUGGAGCCCAUCGAGCUGCUGUGCCUCGAGGACAACACGACCCAGGUGCACAGCAGCGUCGGCAUCGACACGCCGCUGUUCCAGCCGUACCCGACGGAGGUGCGGUUCCGGGACUACGCGCCCUUCUCCUGCAUCGAGCGCACGCUGCGCUUUCGGAACAACGACCACGUGGCGCGGCGCAUCAAGGUGCUCCAGCCCAAGAGCCCCUAUUUCGAGGUGAGCGGUCCGCACGCGCGCGGCAAGGACGUCACGCUCAAGCAGAGCAAGGUCGCGACGGGCAUGGAGGUCUGCUUCGUGGUCAAGUUCCGGCCCCAGGAGGUGCGCGAGUACAAGGUCGAUCUGGUGUGCUGCACGGAGCGCGAGAAGUUCAUCGUGCCCGUGCGCGCGUUCGGCCUCCGCGCCGCGCUGAGUUUACCGGAGGAGGUCGACUUCGGCACCGCGGCCGUCAAGAGCACGAAGCAGCGGUCCCUACUGGUGCAGAACAUCGGCGCCUGCACGGCCGUCUUCAAGCUGUCCUGCGACACGCCGGAGAUCUUCCAGGCGUCGCCGAGCGAGUCGAUCACGCAGGUCGGGCAGAUGGCGACGCUCGAGCUGAGCUUCACGCCCCAGAAGGUCGAGCCCUACAGCGGCACGUUAUUGGUGGAAUUCCUCGGCGACGAGACGCGCGUCGUCACGGUGGCGCUCAAGGGCAUCGCCGAGGACGUCGACGUGCACCUGUCCGCGAACUCUGUGGCUUUGGAGCCCGCGUACGUUUCUUUGAGCUCCCAGACGACCUUCCGCAUCCGCAACGCGAGCGAGAUCCCCGUGCUCUUCAGCUGGAAGCAGUUCUCGAACAUGGCCGAGCAGGAGGCGGAGCGGAGCCGGCUCCACAGCGACCUGGAACGCAUGCAGCAGCUCGAGGAGGCGCACCUGGAGGAGACGCUCCGCCAGGACGAGCUCGCGGCGUUGGCGCACCACGGCCACGGCUUCUCCAACCAGCCCCAGUCCGACGAGUCCGACGGCGACCUGAGCGGGGACGAGGGCAACGUGCCCGGCGCGACGCGGGCCGCGCGGUCCGCGCUGACGACGAAGUACCGCCACCUCCGGCAGGCGCUCGAGAAGGACGACAUGGUCUUCGCGGACGAGAACUUCGAGAUCAAGCCCCUGAGCGGGGAAGUGCGGGCCCUGUCGGAGAUCGAAGUGAGCGUGACGUUCCGGCCGGACACGGCCGCGGACUACGCGUGCACGGCGUACCUCGACGUCAUGGGCCGCGAGGAGCGCCUCCCGAUCUGGCUCACGGGCCUGGGCAUCGGCCCCAAGGGCGCGCUGAGCUACGACGUCUUGGACAUGGGCGACGUCUUCAUCUCGAGCCCCUACGAGUACUCGCUGGGCAUCACGAACAAGGGCGACAUCCCCGCGGAGUGGAAGCUCUUCCCGCCGCCGACGACGACGUUCCAGUUCUCGCCCACGUCGGGCGUGUUGGCCGUGGGCGGCUCGGAAGAGCUCACGGUCCACUUCAUGGGGACGACGCUCGGCGAGUUCUGCGAGCUCGUCGACGUCGCGCUCGACGGGUCGAACGAGAAGCUCACGUGCCAGUUCAAGGGCCACGUCAUCGGGCCGACCUUCAAUUUUGAUAUUGACAUCAUCGAGUUUGGGUUGUGCUCCUACUCCUUCGCCCACGUGCGCACGCUGGACCUCACGAACACGGCGGACAUCCCCAUGGACUUCAACCUGUCGAUCCCGCAGGACGGCCAGUUCGGCCGCCACGAGUUCGUCGUCGAGCCCCGGACGGGCACGCUGCCGCCGGGCGAGACCGUGCGCGUGUCCGUGACGCUGACGCCCAUGUCCGUCAAGGUCUACGACUUCUACCUCGUCGUCGACGUGCCCGGCGUCGGCGACGCGCUCUUAUCUUUGCCCAUCUCCGCGGAGUGCCUCGUGCCCGACGUCACGGUCGCGGAGCAGGAAUUGGAUUUCGAGCGCUGCUUUUUGCGGUACCCCUACGAGCGGGAGCUCGUGCUCGUCAACGGCCACGACCAGCUGUCCGCGCGCUACGCGGUCGCCGCGCAGGAGCCCCAGACGACGGUCGUCGGCGAGUACGCGUGCGAGCCCGGCGCGGGCGUCAUCCCGCCGGGCGGCAUCGUGCGCGUCACGGUCACCGUGCGCUGCCACAAGCUCGGCAACUUCCGGCUGCCGCUGACGACGUCCAUCGCGGGCUCCGCGCAGCCGCCCUUGGCCGCGACCAUGACCGCGGUCGUCUGCGGUCCGGACCUGUCGAUCGAACCCAAGGAGCUGAGCUGGGGCGCGACGGAGUGUCUGGUCGACGCGCCGCGCACGGUGACGCUGCGCAACAACUGCUGCAUCCCCGCGCCCUUCAAGACCUUCGUGAAGAACGCGCGGUCGAAAUUUCGCGUCGACGUCCGCGAGUCCGUGCUCGCGCCCAUGGACGCCGUGGACCUGCAAGUCGUCGCCUGCCUGGAUGAUACGACGAUGCACCGGGACCAGCUCCACGUCGUCGUCGCCGAGGGCGAGAACUUGAUGAUGCCCCUGUCCGCGCGCGGCAUCGGCACGACGAUGUUCUGCCACGAGGACCUGAAGGUGUUGGACUUCGGCGCCCAGUUCACGGCGAACUUCUUCGAGCGCAAGAUCACGCUGGAGAACAAGGGGCGCCGGCCCCAGGUGUUGAAGUGGGUCAACGAGACCUGGCAGCAGCAUUUGGUGACGCAGUCGAAGAAGAACCGCGGCGCCAAGGCCGCGGACGACAAGGAGAAGAAGGGCCCCGGCGGCGGCAAAGAUUCGUCGGCCGUCGUCGCCAAGCCCAAGGCCAACGUCGGCGCGCCGACGUUCACGGUCGUGCCCGAGGAGGUGGAAUUGCGGCCUAGGACCGCGGCGAUCUUCACGUUCCGGGGCUACUCGACGCACAAGGGCCUGCUGGAGGAGAAGAUGGUCUGCGAGACGCGCGUCCACAAGGAGAAGCAAUCCAAACCCGUCUUCUACACGACGGUCAAAGCCGACGUCAUCGAGCCGCUCCUCUCGUUUUCUUCGCCGUCGCUCGGCUUCGUGCACGACCACGAGCCCGACGUGCCCAUCCAGCCCCAGUCCCAAGCCUUGACGCUCAAGAACAACGCCGUCCUCCCCCUCGUCUUCGCCCUACGCUGCGCCGUGCCCUUUAGCGUCGACGCCUGGGAGCACACGCUCGAGCCGGACGAGGAGACGACGGUCCGCGUGGACUUCGACCCGGGCUACAAGGGCGACCGCCAGUCGCAGAAGCUCGACACGCGGCUCACGGUGGCCUACCACCAGCACCCGCAGCGCGACUCCGUCGGCCUCGUCGGGGAGAUCAACUUCCCGAACCUCCACUUCGAGUACAGCGUCGUCAACUUCGGGUGCAUCCUCAACGACACGACGAUGACGAUGCGCGUCCGCGUGACCAACUGCUCCAAGGUCGAGACGGCCUUCAGUUGGGCCUUUCUGGAGGACGAGGAGGCGUCCAAGGCGACGUCGACGACGAAGAAGCCCUACAUCCCCAUCAACCAGGUCUUCGACAUCCUGCCGAUCCGGAGCCGGCUCAAGCCCGGCGAGGUCGAGGACGUCGACUUCAUCUACUACGGCCACGCGGGCCGCAAGUUCAAGGGCACGUGCCUCUGCGAGGUCGAGGGCGGGCCCGAGUACAACAUCGUGCUUCUAGGCGAGGCGUCGACGGUGGGCUACAAGCUCGACCGCGCGUCGCUCGACUUCGGGAACGUGUUGUACACGAAGUCGGAGGAUCUCGAGUUCAACAUCGUCAACACGGGCAAGGUCGCCUUCCCCUUCACCAUCUCCCUGGGCAAGUCCCUGGACCUCGCGGGCCUCCUGGCGAAGCGGGACGACGACGAGCCGCCGGCCGUCGGGUCCGCGUCGGACGUCUUAGAAGUCCACCCGACGACGGGCCGCGUCGCCGCGAACGACAAGCAGACCAUCGUCGUGCGCCUCAAGCCGGGCCUGCCCGAGACCUUCCGCGAGAACCUGGUCAUCGAGGUCGCCCACUUCGAGCCCGUCGACUUCCCCAUCACGGGCACGGGCAUCUACGCGUCCGUGUCCGUGUCGUUGCCGCGCGACGCGAAGAAGAUGGCCCACAACCUCGGCGCGGACCUGGGCACGACCUGGGCGUCGGCCAUCUCCAAGACGCGCGAGUUCCUCCAGCAGGAGCGCCUCAACGCCGCGGAGCUGCUGCCGCCGCCGCCGCCCGCCGCGACGACCCAGCCGUUCGCCGCGCCGCUGCCCAUGGCGUCGAGCGCCGCGGGCGCCGCGGCCGCCAUCGCGGCCAACGACGCCCAGACCGACCCGGCGUCCACGACGCCGCCGAGCGACUCGGCGCCGCCGUCCGGCGCCGCGACGCCGAAGCCGUCGACGGCCCAGACGACCGGCGCGAUGCGCGAGCCGUCGUUCACCAUGGCCGAGAUCGAGGCCGAGACGAACCGGCGCAUCUUUUUAGACCACCUCAAGAAGGAAGAGGAGAAGCGGCGGAGCCACAGCCGCCCCCACACGCACGAGGGCGACCACGCGGAGCGCCCGCACCCGCCGCCGACCGCGUCCUCCCACGGCGGCGACGGCCACGACCACGGCUUCGUGCUCGCCUGGCACGCGUGCGACUUCGGCAACGUCGUGAGCGGCACGCACCGGAAGCGCACGUUCCGCAUCACGAACUCGUCGCUCACGGGGCCCCUGAGCUGGUUCUUCGAGAAGAAGGUGUUGGCGAACACGGGCUUCUCGAUCGAGCCCGAAAAGGUCGUGCGGCUCGCCGAGGGCGCGACGGCGACUUUCGAGGUGAACUUCAACGCGAAGAAGUCGCUGCGUCUAGGCCACAAGGAGCUCCUGCUGCCCGUGGACGUGAAGAACGGCCCGCUGACGUGCAUCGUGCUCCAGGCGAACGUGACGAUGCCCGACAUCUCGCUGAGCGCGGAGGCGCUCGACUUCGGCCCCGUCUGGGUCGGCUGCGGCCGCACGAUGCACGUCCAGAUCCACAACACGAGUCCCGUGCUCGCGGAGUGGGACUUCAAGAAGGCCAUGGGCGCGGCGCGCGACGAGGCGCGGUUCACGCUGAGCCCGCGGUCCGGCGCGCUCCUGCCGGGCCGCAAGCAGAACGUGGCCGUCGAGUUCGUGCCCGUCGACGACCGGCCCUGCUCCUUGAAGCUGCCGCUCAAGGUGAACCAGUCCACGAAGACGUGGCUCGUGAACUUCGCGGGCGCGGGCGUGACCGCGAAGCUCCAGUUCUCGCCGUCCGUCGUCGAGAUCGGGCCCGUGCUGCCCUUCGAGGACGGCACGGGCCGGCCGGGCACGACGGCGACGACCGUGACCAUGAAGAACGCGUCCGAUCGACCCGUCGAGGUGUUUUCUUUGGACUUCGACGACGAAUAUGUCACCGAGGAGGCCUUCCUCUCGACCUACGACGCCUUCGGCGAGGACGGGCUGCUGCGCCUGCCCGUGCGCAAUUUAGGCGAAAAAUUGCCCAUCAACAUGGACCCGCCGGUCGAGGAGGACGCGGGCCCCGAGGGCGAAGAAGAAGAGGGCGAGGAGCCGCCCGCGGAGGAGGCCGGCGAGGAGGCCGCGGCCGAGGAGGCGGCGGUCGCGCCCGACGACGGCCUCGAGGACGACGCCGACGCCUUGGGCGGCGCCGCGGACGGCGAGACGCUCCGGAGCAGCGGCCGCGCGAAGGACGUGUGCCUGGUCGCGCCGCCGCUCGCGGGCGGGCCCGAGCUCGCGACGAAGCUCGCCGAGGCCCACGGCUACGCCGUCUGCACGCCCCUGGGCUGCGUCCACGCUUUGAGCGCCGUGCGCAGCGACCUGGGCAAGAAGGCGCGGAAGGCGCUCGGCUGCGAGGUCCCGGGAGACGCGCCGCCGGAGCCCGCGGAGGGCGAGGAGCCGCCGGCGGAGCCCGCCGAGGGCGAGGAGGGCUACGUGCCGCCGGAGCCCGAGCCGAGUUUGGACGACCCCAACUUCCUCGCGGCGUGCCUCGCGUGGCGCGCGGGCCGCGCGGACUCGGGCCGCGGCCUCGUCGUCGACGCGUCCGAGCCCGCGCCGGGCGCGCCGGUUUUGGAAGUCGUCGCCGGCGCCGUGCCCCUGGCCCUGCCCGGCUCGACCAUGGCGACGCUGACGCUCAGCGACGCCCAGUACCUCGCGCGGCUCAAGGCUUUGGACGACGAGGCCGCGCGGACGUCGCACGCGCUCGAAGGCCUCGUGGACCCGCCCCUCGCGGAGACCCAAAACAUCGGCGAGGCGGCGGCGGCGCCCGAGGACGGCGAGGAAGCUGCGAAGCUGCCGUCGCGCGCGCUGCUCAAGGCGCAGAUGGUGGACAAAGCCCGGCCGUCCGCGCGCGCGCCCGAGCCGCCGCACGACGCGGCCGACGACCCGAAGCGCGUCGUCGGCGGCGUCGCCGUGCUGCGGACGGCGGCGGCGACGGUGCAGUCGCGCGUGCUGGAGGUCGCGGACGACGCGCUGUCGAGCCUCCGGCCCGCGGUCGAACCGCCCGCGGACGAGUCCGCGGCCGCGCCAGUCCAGCCGCCCCACGUGGCCUUCGCCGAGGCGUCGGCGAAGGCGACGGCGGCCUUCGAGGCCGUCGUCGCCGCCGAGGCCCAGGCCAAGGCCGACGCGGAGGCCGCGGAGAAGCUCGCGGCCGCCGAGGCCGCGGCCGAGGCCGGCGAGGAGCCGCCCGCGGAGGAGGAGGCCGCGGAGGACGUCCUCGAGGAGGAGCAGCCGCCGCCGCGCUGCGUGACCUUUGGCGUCGUCGAGGAGCCCGUCGUCGAGGUGCCCGCGGAGGAGCCCGCGGCCGAGGGCGCGGACGAGCCCGACGCGGCCGCCGACGACGCGGCGUCCGCGGCCGCGUCCGCGGAGCCGAGCGCGCCGGAGCCCGCGGCGCCGGAGGCCGCCGUCGAGCCCGUGGAUUUGGACGCGGCGACGCCCCUCGAGCGCUUCCUCGCCGCCGUCCCCGGGCCCGCGGAGCCGCUCCCGGACCCGUCGGUCGUGCCGAUCCCGCCCGCGGUGACGCAGCAGCUCGUGCGCCGGCCGCCGCCGCGCGCGCCGCGGUCCACGCAGCAGCAUUUUACGAUCGUCGCGGCGCCGCCGACGACGCCCGAGCCCGUCGAGGGCGAGGAGGACGAGGAGGCGGACGCCGCGGAGCCGGAGCCGGCCGCGGAGGGCGGCGACGAGCCCCCGGCCAAGCCCAAGCGCUGGGUCAUCCCGGCCCAGUCCGAGGUCCAGUUCGCCGUCAACUUCCUCUCGACGCAGGUCGGGAGGAGCCACGCGUCCCUCGGCUUCGAGGUCGUCGGCCUGCCGAGCCACGAGUUCACGUUACCGUGCGUGGGCUCCUGCGCCGUGCCGACGAUCAACGGCGACCCGCGCAACGUCUUCAUGACGCGCGUCAAGAACCGGCCGCCGCCGCGGGCCCAGCCCCUGUCGAAGCGCUUCGUAUUGAACGCGAACGAGUUCGAGUUCGGGCCGCUGCUCACGUGGAAGCAGCCGCCCAUGCGGCUGCCCGCGCCGGAGCGCGAGGAGGGCGCGCCGGAGCCCACGCCGGAGGAGGCCGAGGCGGCCCAGGCCGCCGCGGAGCUGCGGACGCUGGUGCGGGGCACGAACUGCGACACGUUCCGCAUGAGCAACAACGGCCCGUUCGCGACGGCCGUCGACUUCCACUUCCGGACGUCGGAGCCGCCGGCGGACGGCGGCGCCGAGGACCCGGAGCAGCCCUGCGUCUUCUACGCGGACCCGCCGCGCAUGGAGCUCGAGCCCGGGGAGACGCGCGAUUUGGAGGUCUGGGCGUUCCCGCGCGCGCAGGGCGCGUGCGACGACACGCUGUUGGCCUGCGUCGCCAUGAACCCGGAGCCCUACGCCUUCGCCGUGCGCUGCGCCGGCGUCGAGCCGGAGCUGACCCUGAGCGGGCCCUGGAGCGACGGCGACGGCGUCACGGCGCCGGACGACGAGCCCGCGGCGGACGAGCCGCCGCCGACGCCCGUUUUGGAUUUCGACCGUUUGCUGCUGGGCCGCAGCGAGAUGCGCGAGUUCACGCUGACGAACGCGAAUCUGUGCCCCGUGGCCUGGCGGUUAGAUCUCGCGGCGCUGGAGCCCUUCGCGCGCGAGCUUCGGGUGGAGCCCGCGAGCGGGCGUCUGGGCAUCCACGGCAGCGCGCGCAUCACCGUGUCCUUCAGCGCCGUCGAGCCGCUGACCCUCGACCCGACCCUCUUCGUCGAGUACAGCGACGACGAGGGCGGCCUCCAGUCCGAGGAGCGCGUGCGCAAGCUCGAGCUCGUCGUCAAGGCGGAGGCGUACCUCAUCCGCGCGAUCGUCUUGGACGAGGACCCGGACAAGCCGCCCGAGGACCCCAAGGCCGCGGCCAAGGGCAAGGGCAAGGGCGCGCCGGCGGCGGAGGAGGUGGACCCGGCGGACGAGAAGACGCAGCCGGGCACGCUCGACUUCGGGCAGAUGCGCGUGGGGGAAACCGCGCAGCUCGGCUUCGCGCUCCGGAACCGCGGCAAGUACGACUUCAGCUUCAAGUUCGGCUUCCGGCGGGCGGCCUACACGGAGAUCUUCUCCGUGUCGCCGUCCGAGGGGCUCAUCGAGGCCGACGGCAGCGUCCGCGUCGUCGUGUCGUUCUGCUCGCGCGGCGAGGUCAAGCUGAGCGACAACAAGGACAUCUCCUGCACGAUCAGCGAGCCCAUCACGGGCGAGGCCGUCGAGUCCUUCCCCGUGACCGUCGCCGCGACGUCGCUCUUCCCGCGGUUCCGCGUGCAGCCGGGCCGGGGGCUCACGUUCGGCACGGUCAAGUUCAACGACCCGCCGAAGGAGCGCAAGUUCGACCUGCGCAACGAGGGCAAGUUCUCCUUCGCCUUCGCCAUCGCCGACGCCGACGGCGACAUGGACGCGACGGCGCGCAAGCGGUUGUUGGGCGCGACGCCCCUGGCCCUCAUCGCGACGGCCGACGAGGACGAGGCCGUCGAGAUGGGCCUCCUGCCCGCGCGCGAGGAGCCGGACAUCGAGGAGGUCGAGGACGAGGCGCCGGAGGAUGCGGAGAAGCGCCGCGCCGAGCGCGCCCUGGCCAUCGCCGAGGAGCGCCGCGCGUUCUACGCGCAGGCGCCGUCCGUCGGCGACGCCGAGGCGCCGCCCGACGGCGCGGUGUCCCUGGGCCAGUUCGUCGUCGCGCCGGGCGGCGGCGUCGUCGAGCCGGGCCAGUCGCUCCAGGUCACGGUGACCUUCAACCCCGAGGGCUGCGCCGUGCACAAGGGCAAUUUGCGGAUCGCGGUCGCGGGCUGCGACGGCCGCGACGCGGCCGUCGCCGCGGCGUCCGCGUACGAGCUCUUCGCGGAAUCCCGGAGCCCGGGCAUCAACUGCGCCGACUUUUACCAGAUCUUCGAGGAGCAGGCCGUCAUCGCGUCGUUAGGCGACGCGGACGGCGGCGACCCGGGCGCGGCCGCCAAGGCGGGGUCCAUCUUCGCCACCAAAGAGAAGGUCUUCUCCUUCGGGACGACGGCCCUCACGGACGACGACAAGGGCUUCGGCGAGCGCUUCAAGAUCACGAACCCGAACAAGGUCGCCGCCGUCGUCAACUUCGCCAUCUCGCCCAAGGCCGCCGAGGGCGGCCGCGAGGACCCGCGGUCCGUCGGCGGCGCGGACGUCUUCACGGUCCAGCCCGCGAACUGCGAGGUGCCGCCCCACGAGCACCGCUACGUCACGGUCUACUUCCACGCCAACGAGAUGCGCGAGUACCGCGCCAUGUUCGCCGCGACCGUCGAGGACAGCGCCGAGGCCGAGACGGGCGCGUUGAGUUUCGAGCUCGCGGGCCGGGGCACGCUCCCCUCCGUCGCCAUCGAGGGCGUCGACCACGGCGACGGCGGCCAGUCCCUGGACUUUGGGCGCCUCCAGGUGGGCCGCAGCCGCAGCCGGACGCUCACGGUGCGCAACGACGGCGUGUUGAACGCGACGGCGCUCGUCAACUUCAACGUCGCGGACCGCCACUUCGGCUGCGCCCACGCCGGCGGCUCCGUGCAGCUGUCCCCCGGCGAGAGCCGCGACGUGACCGUGACCUUCAAGGCCCUGCCCUGGGCGCCGCUGCCCGAGGGCGAGCCCGCGACGGAGGCCCGGGACGUCUCCGCGAAGCUCGCGCUCAAGGUCCUCGACAACAAGUACGAGGCGACGACGGUCGUGCUCAAGGGCGCGACCUUCGAGACGGACGUGUCCAUCGAGAAGCUGCCCGACGACGUCGAGGACGAACUGAAGUUUGGGGAACUGAACCUCGCGUCGGGCGAGACCGCGCUGACCGCGGAGUUCACCGUGCGGAACCUGCGGCCGCGGACGGUCCGCUUCGAGUGGCCCGACCACGCCACCGUGGCCUUCUCGCCCAAGGUCGGGCACCUGCUCCCCGGCGGGUCGCGGACGGUGACGGCGACGUUCACGCCCGGCGCCGAGCCGCUGAGCCUCGACGAGGAGCUGUCGCUGGACACGCAGCAGAUCGCGCUGACGCCGCCGGCGGAGGACGACGAGUCGCCCCUGAUCUUGGACACGCUCCUCGAGGGCGCCUGGGACAGCGACGCGCGCGUCGAGCGCGAGGCGACGGCCGCGGAGCGCGCGAUCAUCGACGGCGUCGCGUCGGAGGACGACAGGCCCAAGGAGCGGCGCGCGUCCAACGCCAAGGACAAGGGCAAGAAGGGCGAGCCCGCGGGCGACGCCGGCGAGCUGCCGCCGGGCGUCGCGGCCGGCCCCGUGACGGACGACGGCGCGCAGCUGGUCGUCGUGACGCCCCCGGAGCCGGCCUUCGAGGGCGCCGCGGACAAGCAGGCGCAGCCCCUCAAGUGCGUCGCCGUCGCCGACGCGCCGGGCUUCGAAUGCGACGCCAAGGGCCUGACCUUCAAGACCAUCCCCAUGUACCAGAGCCUCUGCUCGACGUUCGAGCUCCGGAACACGUCGACGAUCGCGCUGCCCUACCGCUGGGUGCUCACGAACGCCGGCGGCGACCCGAGCCAGACCGCGGGCGGGCGGCGGCCGACGACGGGGCUCGCGGUCAUGCAGCCCAUCCCGUCGCCCUUCUCCGUGUCGCCGUCCAGCGGCGACGUCGCGCCGAACUCGUCGCAGACCUUCAGCGUCCACUUCGCGCCCAUGGAGGUCGACGACUACUACUACGCCCUCGAGGCCGACAUGCCGUCCCUCGCGAGGCCGCCGCCCGCGGCGGACGCGGCCGCGGAGCCCCCCGCGGAGGACGGCGCCGAGGCGCCGACGCCGCUCGAGCCCGUCCGCGUGGGCCUCCGGGGCCGCGCGACGCGCCCGGCCUGCCACAUCGACCUCAACGAGGACGGCGACUACCUCGCGCGGCGCCAGCCCAACCUGCUCAACGAGCACGGCCACCGCGACCAGAUCGAGGCGACGAACGUCCGCAUCGUCGAGGUGAGCUCGCGGGGGCUCCGGGUCCAGAACACGAAGCGCUUCCACGUCGUCAACCCGACGGCGUCGUCCUACGACUUUGUCUGGGAGCCGUCGGGCCAACCCCACGCCGCGUGGCGCUGCGGCACGCCGCGCGGCAUGAUCCUCUCCGGGAAGCGGGGCGAGAUGGUCUUCGAGUUCACGCCGAACACGGUGGGCGUCGCCGAGGCCUUCUACCGCUUCAAGAUCCCCGAGCACGGCAUCGACGAGCUGUUCCUCUUCGUGGGGCAGGUCGUGGAGCCGCGCGUGACCUUCGACCGGACGCGCGUCGACUUCAACGCGGUCAUGCUGGGCAACAUGGCGUCGGAGACGGUGCACCUGGUGAACUCGGAGCAUCUGCCCUUCGCCUUCAACUUCGAGAAGCCCGGCAUCGACAACGACGGCCCGGGCGCGGCGCCGCGGCGCCACCCGACGCUCGAGAUCUCGCCGCUGUCCGGCCUCGUGCCGCCGAACGGCCGCGCGGCCAUCGAGCUGAGCUUCCGGCCCGGCGAGGAGAGCCUCGUGAACACGAAUCUGAUGUGCACGGUGCGCAAGAAGACGAUGAAGCUGAACCUGAACCUGAAGGGCGAGGGCUACGCGGUCCACUCGAAGCUCAUGCUCCUCGAGGGCGUCGCGGCCGCGCAGGCGCAGAAGGACGGCGAGCUCCUCGACUCGGGCGUCGGUUUAAGUGUGGGCGACGGCAUCAGCGAGCUCCACCCGUCGCCGGCGGUCAACGUCGUCGACUUUGGGACCGUGCACCUCAACCAGACGCUCACGAAGACGCUCGCGAUCGCGAACAGCGGCAAGUUCAACUUCGACUACGUCAUCGACCGCGGCGCGAACCCGAACCCCAUGCUGGUCCUGAGCGGCGCCAAGUCGUCGGGCACGGUGCGCAAGAACGGGCGCAUCUUAGCGACGCUGACCUUCCACCCCGUGUCUCCCUGCGUCUUGGACGGCGCGCAGUACGUCGUCGCCGUCGCGGGCAAGUACGAGUACGUGCUGAAGAUCGUGGGCAGAGGCGUCGCGCCGAAUCUACGGUUUUCCUUCAGCGACCACGACUUCGGGCCCUGUUUCAUCGUCGUGCCGGGCCAGCCGCCGACGCGCGAGUCCGUCGUGCUCCGCGUGUCUAACCAGGACCCGCACGCGCACCUGAGCCUGGAUUGCACGCUGCCGCGGAACAAGGUGCUGGUGGUCGAGUGCGGGCCGCGGGUGCUGGCGCCGGGCGAGCACGUGGAAGUCGUUUUGCACUUCACGCCGCGCGAGAUGCAGGACUACGCGUUCCCCGUGCCGUUUUUGAUCAACGGCGUGUCCACGGUGACGGUGCUCGUCAAGGGCCGCGGCGUCGCCGCGCGGUUGGAGCUCGUGCAGCCGUCGCAGGCGUCCUGCGCCUUCGGUCUGGUCCGCGAGGGCGAGGACAUGGUCAAGCACGUCCAGGUCAUCAACCGGUCCGCGAGGGCUUUAGGCUUCGAUUUGGUGGACGAGAAGGACGCCCUGGCCAAGGCGGACGUCACGUUAUCGCCGGCGACGGUGAGCCACCUGCGGCCGCGCGGCGUGACGACGAUCGAAGUGAGGUUCUCGCCGAAGCGGCGCCAGCGCGAGUUCAGCGAGCCCGUCUUCGUGCGCUACGCCGGGGGCCUGCGCCAGCUGCUGACCGUGUCCGGCCGGGCGACGGGCAUGGAGGUGGCGUUGUCGACGGACACGCUGAGCUUCGGCGCGGUCUGCGAGGGCUCGCGGCGCACGCGGCGGCUCCAGCUCGAGAACUCGGGCGACAUCGCGACGCGGUUUCAAUGGAACCGGAGCGGCCUCGGCGACCUGUUCACGAUCUCGCCCCUCGAGGGCGUGCUCCGGGCGUCGUCGGAGGUCGCCUUCGACGUGACGUUCACGCCGACGCGCGUGGACCCGGACGUGCGCGUCGACGGGAUGCAGCUCUUCGUCGAGGGCGCGGCGCCGCUGCGGCUCGCCUGCGUCGGCGCCUGCGUGCCCCAGCCCGACGAGUCGAAGCAGACCCUGGACUUCGAGUCCGUCGCGCGGCGCGCGGACGUGAAGUCCGUCGUCGUCAAGAACCCGACGAACAAGCCGUGGUUCCUCGCGCCGACGCUCAAGCACAUGGAGGCCCUCGAGCACUUCAAGGCGCCGGGCGAGGUGUCCGUCCCCGCCAACGGCGAGGCGGCGCUCGACGUGUCCUACUUCCCGCUGACGAUGACCGUCGACGACGAGCCGCCCGCGGAGGACGCCGAGCCGCCCGCCGAGGGCGAGGAGCGCGAGGCGCGGAAGCACGUCGCGGAGCUCUUCAUCGCCCUCCCCGACGGGUCGGCCCUGCUCUACCACCUCCGGGGCGCCGCGGGCCCGCCGGAGACGCUCGUCCACGAGCCCAUGUCCACGGCCGCCAAGGCGUCGCUGCCGAUCUCGCUGUCCGUGUCCAACUGGCUCGGCGCGCCGCAGCACUUCGACGUGGCCUUUAGCCUCGACGACGAGACGGCGUCCCUGGACUCGACGUUCUUGGAGGGCACGUCGACCUUCGACGUCGAGGCCGCGGAGACGCGCGCGUACGUGCUCCGCUUCUUCUCCUACAAGGUCGGCAAGACCGUCGCCGUCGCGCGGUUCACGAACCCGGCGUCGGGCGAGUACCUCGAGCACUCCGUCGAGGUCGAGGUCACGCCCGCGGGCGUCAUCUCCGCCCUGAGCCUCGAGGCGCCCGUGCGCCAGACCGCGCGGCGGUUGAUCACCAUCGAGAACCCGUUACCGAAGGACGUGUCCGUGACCUUCCCCGAGGACUGGUGGCGCUGCGACAACCCGCACGUGAAGCUCGCCAAGGUCGGCACGAUGCAGGGCUCGCCCGAGGGCGUCUUCGAGGUCGAGUUCCGGCCCUUGGUGCCCCACGACCGCGUCGAGGCCUCUUUAAGCUUCGACAUCGAGGAGCUCGGCGAGUUCAAGUACACGCUGACUUUGGGCGCGACGCCGCCGGCGGCGAUCCCGCAGAUCAAGUUCGAGGCGCCUCUGGGCGGCGCGCAGGUCGAGACGUUCUCCUUCCCCGCGUUCCCGCUCGGAGCGAGCGGCGGCGGCGCGGCCAAGUUCGCGUGCUCCGUGGCCAAGGCCAAGUUCUUCGAGGUCGCGUCGUCCAUCGACGCCGACGUCGGCGACGAGUGGGAGGGCAAGGAGGUCCAGCUCCAGAUCCGCUUCGAGCCCGAGGCCCUCGGCGCGAUCUCGGACGUGCUCGUCGUCGACGGCGGCGACCGCGGCGAGUACCGCGCGACGCUCACGGGCGUCUGCAAGCGGCCCGAGCCCCGGGGGCCCUUCACCAUCGAGGCCGGCGGCAAGUGCGACGUCGAGUUCAGGAACGUCUUCUCCGAGGCGCGCGAGUUCGUCUUCACCGUCGACCACCCGGAGUUCGCCGUCGCGACCGGCAAGGCGAACAUCAACGCCCGGUCGCCCUACACGGCGUCCGUCAGCUUCACCCCCGUGGACCCGGCCGACGGCUCCGCGCCGCCGCCCGUCGUCACGGCCCGCAUGCUCGUGGACUGCGUCGACCCCGCGGGCGAGAAGCAGUCCUGGACCUACUACCUCCGCGGCCAACGGAAGGCCGACUAG